UCUGUACUUCUCCCGAUCUCAUGCACAGCAUGAACCAGCCUAUAUAUAUAUACACAACCUCCCCGAGUUCAUCGAUCGAACACGUUGAUCUUGAUCAAUCAAGAAAUCGUUCUAGCUAGAAUGAGGUGUUCGAUGGCGGCGAUGGCGGUGGUAAUGGCGGUGAUGGCGGCGGCGGCGGCGUCGCCGGCGGAGGGCGCGAGGGCGUUCUUCGUGUUCGGCGACUCGCUGGUGGACAACGGCAAUAACAACUACCUCCUGACGAGCGCGCGCGCCGACAUGCCGCCGUACGGCAUCGACCACCCGAGCCACCGCCCCACGGGGAGGUUCUCCAAUGGCCUCAACAUCCCGGACAUCAUCAGCGAGCACCUCGGCGCCGAGCCCACCCUCCCUUACCUCAGCCCGGACCUCCGCGGCGCCAAGCUCCUCGUCGGCGCCAACUUCGCCUCCGCCGGCGUCGGCAUCCUCAACGACACCGGCAUCCAAUUCGUGAACAUCGUGAGGAUGAGCAGGCAGCUGCAGUACUUCGCGGAGUACCAGGAGAGGCUGCGCGCGCUGGUCGGCGCGGCGAGGGCGCGGCGGAUCGUGAACGGCGCGCUCGUGCUCAUCACCCUCGGCGGCAACGACUUCGUCAACAACUACUACCUCGUCCCCUUCUCCCUCCGCUCCCAGCAGUUCGCCCUCCCCGACUACGUCCGCUUCCUCAUCUCCGAGUACAAGAAAAUCCUCCAGAGGCUGUACGACAUGGGGGCGAGGCGGGUGCUGGUGACGGGGACGGGGCCGCUGGGGUGCGCGCCGGCGGAGCGCGCGCUGCGGGGGCGCGGCGGCGGGUGCGCGCCGCAGGUGAUGCGCGCGGCGGAGCUGUUCAACCCGCAGCUGUCGCGCGCGCUGGGGGAGAUGAACGCGCGCGUCGGCCGCCCGGGCGCGUUCAUGGCGGCCAACUCGUUCCGCGUCCACUUCGACUUCAUCAGCAACCCGGCGGCGUUCGGGUUCGCCACGGCGAGGGACGCGUGCUGCGGCCAGGGCCCCAACAACGGCCUCGGCCUCUGCACUGCCAUGUCCAACCUCUGCGCCGACCGCGACGCCUACGUGUUCUGGGACGCCUACCACCCCACGGAGAAGGCCAACCGGAUCAUCGUCAGCCAGUUCGUCAGGGGGUCGCUCGACUACGUCUCGCCGCUCAACCUCAGCGCCGCGCUGGAGAUCGACGCCGCGGAGGAGGCGGCGGCGGCGGCGGCGAGGCGCCGGCGGCAGCGCGCGGUGGCGAGGCUCGUCGGCGACAAGCCGCACGCGUAGCUAGCUUGUGUGAUGUGCUGGUGUUAACCGUGUUAUGGCAAGGAGAGAGACGUGUCCAUGCCAUGCAUGUGUGGCUGUUGGGGUGGGUGCUGAGUACUCUCGCACGAGGAAAUUAAUUGGAAGCUGAUAAUAAUUCCGAUUUUCCUAACUAAUUUCAGAAAAUUUCAGAUUUCUGAUUUACUUUCUA